GUUCAUUAGUUCGUUAUUGCCUCACAGACCGUUUCUAUCACGUGGACUGAAGCACAUCGAAUAUGGAGCGUCAGGCGCUCCGUGGUUUGAUCCUGUUUCUCAUCGUGGUCGCCUUGAUGCCUUGCGCCGCGUCUGAGGUCGAUGGAUCAAAGAUUCAGACAGAUUUCAUUGUUACCAUUGGCGAAAAAGGAGUGGAAGAGAACAUCGAACAGGUUUUUUCUCUCGGUCCCUCUGCAACGCUUCGAGUUGUCGACGAGAGCAACAAGGCCAUUCUGCUGCCUGAACGGAGCGCUGCCACCGAGGGAACAGCGGCAGGAUACACCGUCGCAUAUGCGUUUGAGAACGGGCGUUGUAACUUUGGAAAACAAGUCGCGUACAAAGAUGCAUUUCUCGGAUAUGCACAACCAGUAUGGGUUCACGCCCUACCUGAUGCUGGCGCGGAAGGAAAGCCUGUGGCAGUAGUUUCAAACUACACGUUCACGAAUCCUCCUGUAGAGUAUUUAAGUGGUGGGGUGAGUUUCUGUGUGCGGUUCACGACGUCCCCCUCAGCGACAAGUACAACCACGACCACGUCGCCGACAACUCUGCCAGUAAUAUCAACACAGCCAGCACAGCCAACUCCCAAUGCUGAUGUAGAGAACAACACCACGCACGCCGACUCAGAUGCCCCGUCAAGUGGGUCAAGUAGCGAACCAGGCAGUCGACCAUCGACAGAGGAGACGCAAGAUGGAUCUGACGGGUCUCAGUCUUCUCCAGGAACUCCACAACAGGAGUUGGAAACCAAAAUAGGAGAAGGGAAGGAAAAUGAAGAUGGUGGUCUUCCGAAAGAACCUGGACAUGUCGAGGCAAAUGAGGUUGUCACCCGCGCGCCGCAGUCUGCCACAGGAUCGUCGGUUCCAACCGUUCCCAUGGUCGAUUUACGUUCUCAACAUGGCGCGACUCACCAUGCGGUUGACGCUGAUGGUCACGGUCGCCUCAGGCGCCUUUCUGGCGCUGAUGAUUCAGAAGUGAAAUACUUGACGAUUGUCGUACAUUCUGCUGCUUGCGGUUCUGCAGCGGGUACCUUUAUGGUAUCGGCCGUUGUGUCGACCAUAACAGCCACGCUGCUGUCCACUUGCUACUUCUGAAAGGGGCUGGACUACAUGUUGACCGUUACAGUGCUGCAUGAUUAAGAGUGUUUUUUAACGCGCGCAAAACUUCUUGAAAUUAUACGUCCUAAUGAAGCGUGCUUAUGUUGGAUGGGCAAUAAAGUGUUUUUUCGGCUAUUCCUGUUCCCCCAUGCCAGUGGAAUGUUCAAUGGAUUUCCGGCCCUAUUCAGAAGGCCGGUGGCUCAAAGGCAAAGAUUCCUUGGUCCACAUUGACUAAUGGAAACUUGCAGCUCAGCUGGUUGGGGACAUAAUCAGGCAACGUUAAUGCCACUUUGACCAUGGCAUGAACACUCCACAAACAAAGCGAGGCCACGUAAAAUUUUUGUUUGCGACAGAGCAAGAAACAGUUGUCUGCUCCUUUGAAGCAUGCGACCGGAACGUUCCACUCAGCAACAGAUAAUUCAGGUCCCUGAACACCGCAGUACUAGCUAAGGCGCUUCACCUAGACGAUUCCGUAGAAUUCCCACCUUCGAACUGUCACACCGCAGCCACCAUUAACAUAUCACUGCACCGUGCAGGGUUCUACACUUUACUUCCACAGUAGGAUUAUCAAAAUAUAAUGCUGAUGUACAGGAGACGCCAUCAUCGUUCCGCUUCCUAAUCAGAAUCUACUGUUCCAAAGAUCGAGGACAGUACCCAACACCUAUCUACAC